GGGGCGAUGGAGCCGCCGCGGAGCCUCCCGGGGCUGGAGCGGGAGCGCGGCGCGCUGGACGCGGCCGGAGGGUGCCCCGUCCCCGCUACGCCAAGGGCCGUGCCCGGCAGGAAGGUCUGGGUCAAGCUGCGGGCGCUGCUCCGUUUCCUGGUGAAGCAGCUGGAGGCGGGCGAGGUGAGCGUGGAGGAGCUGAAGCGCAACCUGGAGUACGCGGCCUCGCUGCUCGAGGCCGUGUGCAUCGACGAGACCAGGCAGGUGCUGGACACGGAGGACGAGCUGCGGGACAUGGGCUCGGACGCGGCCGUGCCCUCCGAGGUGCGCGACUGGCUGGCGGCCACCUUCACGCAGCAGGCGCGGGCCAAGGGCCGCCGCGCCGAGGAGAAACCCAAAUUCCGCAGCAUCGUGCACGCCGUGCAGGCCGGCAUCUUCGUGGAGAGGAUGUUCCGCCGGACGUACACGGCCGUGGGGCCGAGCUACUCCUCCUCCGUCCUCAACUGCCUGAAGGGGCUGGACCAGUGGUGCUUUGACGUGUUCUCGCUGCACCGCGCGGCCGAGGAGCACUCGCUGCGCACGGUGGUGUUCGAGCUCUUCACCCGCCACAACCUCAACAGCCGCUUCAAGAUUCCCGGCGCGUUCCUGACGUCGCUGCUGGAGGCGCUGGAGGGCGGCUACGGAAAGUUCCGGAACCCCUACCACAACCAGGUGCACGCGGCCGAUGUCACCCAGACCGUGCACUGCUUCCUGCUGCGCACCGGCAUGCUGCACUGCCUGUCCGAGAUCGAGCUCCUGGCCAUCGUCUUCGCCGCCGCCAUCCACGACUUCGAGCACACGGGGACAACGAACAGCUUCCACAUCCAGACCAAGUCGGACACCGCCAUCCUGUACAACGACCGCUCGGUGCUGGAGAACCACCACAUCAGCGCCGUGUUCCGCCUGAUGCAGGACGAGGAGCUCAACAUCUUCGUCAACCUCACCAAGGACGAGUUCGCGGAGCUGCGGGCGCUGGUCAUCGAGAUGGUCCUGGCCACCGACAUGUCCUGCCACUUCCAGCAGGUCAAGUCCAUGAAGACGGCGCUGCAGCAGCUGGAGAGGCUGGACAAGUCCAAGGUGCUGUCGCUGCUGCUGCACGCGGCCGACAUCAGCCACCCCACCAAGCAGUGGGCGGUGCACAGCCGCUGGACCAAGGCCCUCAUGGAGGAGUUCUUCCGGCAGGGGGACAAGGAGGCCGAGCUGGGGCUGCCCUUCUCGCCCCUCUGCGACCGCACCUCCACGCUGGUGGCCCAGUCGCAAAUCGGGUUCAUCGACUUCAUCGUGGAGCCGACGUUCUCGGUGCUCACCGACGUGGCCGAGAAGUUGGUGACGCCGCUGGCCGAGGACGGCUCCAAGGCCAAGGGCAACCCCGCGGCUGCCCAGCAGCCCAGCUCGCAGUGGCGGCAGCCGUCCCUGGAUGAGCACCUGGAGCUGGGGGACGUCAAAGCCGACCUGGCCGGGUUCCGCUCCACCUGGACCAAGCACAUCCAGGAGAACAAGCAGAAGUGGAAGGAGAGGGCGGCCAGCGGCAUCACCAACCAGGCGUCCAUCGAUGAGCUGUCCCCGUGCGAGGAGCCUGCGGCCACCGGGACCCACAGCGAGAACGGGGACGUGGAAUAGCGGCGGGAGGAGCCAGGUCCUUGUCCGAGUGUCUUGUCUUCGAUGCCAUCGAGUUCAGCACCAUCCGCAGGGCAGCAGCCCCGGGGCCGGGCUGGGAUCGGUGCCAGGACCGGGGUCACCCCCAUGCCAGGACCGGGGUCACCCCCAUGCCAGGACCGGGGUCACUGCCGUGCCAGGACAGGGGUCACCUCUGUGCCAGGACUGGUGUCACCCCCGUGCCAGGAUCGGUGUCACCCCCGUGCCAGGACUGGUGUCAUCACCGUGCCAGGAUCGGUGUCACCCCCGUGCGAGGAUCGGUGUCACCCCCGUGCCAGGAUCGGUGUCACCGCUGUGCCAAGAGCCCCCCAGGCUGUCCCCUCUGUCCCGGUGUCACCGGUCCCUCACUGCCACCCCCGGCCCCCCGCCGGGCUCGGUCCUUUGGGAUUUUUAAAAACGCUUUUCCCGCGCGGGAGGGGCUGGGGACAGCCGGGGGGGACACGGUGGGGACAGACGGGGGGACACCGUGGGGACAGCCAGGGGGGACACGGUGUCACCGCCAGGGCCACCGCGCUCCCCUUGAUGCCCGCGUGGUCUGGCUGGUGACACUGUGAGGGUGGCACUGUGCCCUGUCCCCAUCCCACCCGGGAACAGGGACAGGGACACGAGAGGGGACAGGGACAGGGACAGGGACAGGGACUGGGACAGGGAGGUCCCCACGGGGUCCCGCCAGCACGGCGCGGGUGGCACUGGGGACAAGGAGGGGACAGGGACAGAUCCCGCUCCGGUGUCCCCCGGCUCCCGCCCGUCCCUGGAAUGUUCCCACGGCCUGUGACAUCCCGGGAAUGCCGGGAAUGCUCGGGAAUGUUUGGGAAUGCUCGGGAAUGCUCCCACAUCCCGGUCCAGCCUCCCCCAGCUCCAGUGAGCCUCGGGAAUCGCGGGAUGUUUGGGGAAUCCAUGGAUCCAACCUUGGGAAUGUUCCAGAAUCUGGGAUCGAGGCUUGGGAUCUUCCAGGAUCCCGGAUCCACCAAGCCUUGGGAAUCUCCAGGAUCCCAAACUGAGCCUCAGGAAUGUUCCAGGAUCCCAGAUCUGGCCCUGGGAAUGUUCCAGGAUCCCGGAUCCAGUCCCAGGAAUGUUCCAGGAUCCCGGAUCCAGUCCCAGGAAUGUUCCAGAAUCCCAGAUCCAGAGUUGGGAAUAUUCCAGGAUCCCAGAUCUGGCCCUGGGAAUGUUCCAGGAUCCCGGAUCCAGCCUCGGGAAUGUUCCAGGACCCCGGAUCCAGUCCCAGGAAUGUUCCAGAAUCCCGGACCCGCGCCCCUCGAGCACCCCCUGCCAUCCCGGAUUCCCUCCGGCUCCCCGGGGCUGCCCCGACCCCCGGGAAUGUUCGGGAACGUCCCGGGAAUGCUCAGGAAUGUUCGGGAACGCCCGGACCCCCUCCCCCCCCAGGCCCCUCCCCCUCCCGCUCCGGCCCCGGCCCCGCCCCCCCCCGUGUUUGUAUUUUUGUACCCCGUGUCCCCCCGUGUCCCCCCCGUGUCCCCCUCGGUCACCGCUGGCAGAGCUCCUCCCCCCGCAUGUGUCCCCCCCCGCGCCGCCGCUAACGAGCAAUUAAUUAAUUAAUUAAUGAGUUAAUUAAUAAACGCCGCCGCCACCA